GACCACGUCACUGGCAGUUUCUGGAGUCACUUGCGAGGCUGAGCCUGAGCAGAACCAGUCUAAGCUAACCCCUCACCAUGAUCCUGACACUAUUGCUGGGCUUCGGGGGGACCCUGGGCUGGGGACUUCUGGGGACCUGGGCACAGGCAGCUGGGACCCGGUUCUCUGAUUUUCACAGCCCCAGGCCAGCUGAAGUUUGGGAGACCGAGGCCACGGACACCAGCGGGGACCUCAGUGGACGGAACUGGUGCCCUUACCAGAAGUCCAGGCUGGUCACCUUCGUGGCCCCCUGCAAAACGGAGAGAUUCUUGGUGCGCUCACAGCAACCAUGUCCCCAGGGGGCUCCUGACUGCCAAAGCGUCAAAGUCAUGUACCGCGCGGCCCACAAGCCCGUGUACCAGGUCAAGCAGAAAGUGCUGAUCUCUACGGCCUGGGGGUGUUGCCCAGGGUUCCAGGGGCCAGACUGCCGGCACCGUGAUGCCACGGCAACCCCUGCGCCUCCAGAGACCAGCGGACUCCGGGAGCCUUGGAAGCAGCUAGCCGGCUCUGAACUCGACAACCCUUCCACGGAGCUCAUCGAGGUGCCCCAGGAGCAGCUGGAACCCCCACUGAGAGAUCUACAGAACGACGUCCACCAGGGGACAGAUGGCCUCCCGGGCUCAUGGGAGGCCCAGGCCGGUAGCCACACAGCUGUGACGACAGAGGUCAAUCAAACGGAUCUCGAGUUUGCCAGCAGGACCUCAGAGCGCCUCAGAGGACCUCAGAACAUGGAUACGUUCUUGCAAGCACACUUUAACCCCAUCUGGAAGAGCUUCAACGAGAGCCUGCACGGUCUAUCCCAGGCGAUCAGAAACCUGUCUCUUGACGUGGAGGCCAACCAGCUGGCCAUCAAGACAGUCCAGGAGGGCACAGUGGCCAGGCCUGACUUCCAGGAGCUGGGUGCCAAGUUUGAAGCCAAGGUCCAAGAAAACAGCCAGAGAGUGAGCCAGCUGCUAAAGGACGUGGAGGACCGGCUCCUUGCCCAGCAGCGUUCCCUCCACCACACCUUUGUGGAGGUGCAAGCAGACAUGGACACCAAGUUAAAGCGACUGCUUAAGGCUCAGGACCCCCCUGGAGCCAAUGGCAGUUUGGUGGUAGCCUCUGCAGCAAGGCCAGAGCCAGAGAGCCUGCAGGCCAGGCUGGGCCAGCUGCAGAGAAACCUCUCCGCCCUGCACAUGGCCACCAGCCACAGGGAAGAGGAGUUGCAGGGCACCCUCAGGGACAUGAGGGCCACCCUGACCCGGCACAUGGAUGAGAUUAAGGAGCUGUACUCGGAAUCGGAUGAGACCUUUGAUCAGAUCAGCAAGGUGGAGCGGCAGGUGGAGGAGCUGCAGGUGAACCACACGGCUCUGCGGGAGCUGAGGGUGAUCCUGAUGGAAAAGUCCCUGAUCAUGGAGGAGAAUAAGGAAGAGCUGGAACGGCAGCUCUUGGAGCUCAACCUCACCCUGCAGCACCUUCAAGGUGGCCAGGCGGACCUCAUUAAGUAUGUCAAAGACUGCAACUGCCAAAAGCUCUAUUUUGACCUGGAUGCCAUCCGGGAGGGCCAAAGGGAUGCCACGCGCGCUCUGGAGGAGACACAGGUGAGCCUGGACGAGCGGCGCCAGUCGGACGGCACCUCUCUGCAGGCCCUGCAAAGCGCGGUGGAUGCCCUAUCCUCGGCGAUGGACACGCGCGGGGCGGAGGGUGAGCGGGCCCGGGCCGAGCGGGCCCAGAUCAGGACCCAGCUGCGGGCGCUGGAGCGAGCGCUGGGAGCGCUGAAGGCGGCCGCCAACCAGACCCUGGGCGAGAUGGGCCAGCUGCACGGCAACUUCGAGUCCCUGCUGCAGGACGCGCUGCGGCACGAGGCCGUGCUGGCCUCGCUCUUCGGGGAGGACGUGAUGGAAGAGAUAUUCGAGGAAGGCCCCCGACCACUGCCUCUCACUUAUGAGCAGAUCCGCGUCGCCCUGCUGGACGCUGCCAGCGGGCUGCAGGAGCAGGCGCAGGGCUGGGAUGCGCUGGCCACCCGGGUGGAGGCCCUGGAGCAGGCCGCCGCCGCGGCCGGUGGCCACGCGGAGUCCCCACGAUUGGCAGAGCAGCUGGAGCCCAGCCGCGACGCGGGCAGGGAGGAGGUGACCUCCGCCGCCUGGGCCGGCCUGGAGCAGGAGCUCCAGCGCCUGAGCUCCGACGUCAAGCGGGUCGGGCAGUGCUGCGAGGCCCCCGGGGUGUCUUCCCUCAAUAGUUCCCUUGAAGCCCUGCACAGCGCGCUCUCGGAAACUCAGAACGGCCUGGAGCGGCACCAGCGGCUCUUCCACAGCCUCUUCGGGAACUUCCAAGGGCUGAUGGCGGCCAACGUCAGCCUAGACCUGGACAAGCUGCAGGCCGUGCUGAGCAGGAAAGGGAAGAAGCUCCAGAAAGGCCUGGAGGCUGCCCGGAAGAGGGACAAGAAGCAGGUGGUGGCUUCGGCAGAUGCACCUGCCCAAGGACAGGAGCAAGGUGCCCUCGGCUUGGAGUUUUGGAAGCCAGGCUCCCUCGUGGCCUUUUAUGCCACUUUCUCAGAGGAGACGGCUGCCCUGCAGACGGUUAGGUUCAACACCGCGUCCAUCAACGUGGGCGGAGGCUACUCCCCUGAACACGGCCACUUCCGAGCCCCCGAGCAUGGUGUCUAUUUGUUUGUAGUGACCGUCACCUUUGGCCCAGGCCCAGGCAUGGGGCAGCUGGUGUUUGGAGGUCACCGCAGGGUCCCGGUCUACAGCAGCGCGGAGCAGAGAGCUGGGAACACAGCCACGGCCUUCGCCAUGGUUGAGCUGCAGAAGGGUGAGCGAGCGUGGUUCGAGUUAACCCAGGGGUCGGUAGCCAAGAGAAGCCCGCCGGGCACCGCUUUUGGGGGCUUCCUGAUGUUCAAGACCUGAAGCCAGGGCUCAGGGUGCACCAGACACUGUGGACUUGCCGGGAUGGCCUAGUUCUUUCCUGGAAACCUUCUGCAAAGACCUCAUUGGAGACGGCGACACAUUGGCAAGGAAGGUCUGGAGCACUGCUGUCUGGGCCGGCCUGGGCCUGGAAGUCGGAGCGGGCGUCUGGCCCCUUCCCCAGCAGUGUGUCUCGUCUGGGCUCUUUGCCACAGCCUCUGCAGCCUCUCUGGUAUUUUGCUCCUCCUGUGGUUCGAAUUCUGUACAGUAUUUAAAUGCUUGUUCCACGUCCUCUUCUUCCUAACUAUAUGCUAGUAAGCCAUUGGUUCCCAGAAAUAAUGUUUACAGUGGAGGCGCUGGGCCAGGUGAAGCUCAGAGGGAGAGCCCUUGCCAGGCACAAAGUUCAAAGCAAAGAGAGAGAGGUAUUUUAUCUGAAAUUAGAAACCAAUCUUCAAACGCUACAGAGAAAUAGGAUAAAACCAACCUUUCUAAUGUCUAUUGCUCAGAAAGAACGCUGAGACCUGGUUGCAUUGAAUCAGGGAAAGUGAAAUAAGUAACUCUGGGCUGAGAGCGUAGCUUGCCCAGCAUGCUCAAAGCCUUGGGGUUAACGCCCACCACGGUGUACACUGGGCAUGCCUGUGUAAUCUUAGCGCUUGGGAAGUGGAGGUAGGAAGAUCAGAAGUAGUUCAAGAUUAUCCUUGGCUGCCUAGAUGAGUUUGAAGCCAACCUGGGGUAUAUAAGAAACCUGUCUCAAAAAAAAAAAAAAAAAAAAUUAGGGCUAGAGAUUGCUCAG